AUGAGAUCUCAAGGGGUGGAAGAUAACAAAGGAUGGCUCGGACCAUCGACGCCAGAGAUUUCAAACGGAAAUGGUAAUAUCAAUUUCGAGUUUCAGAAAGGUCCCAACCGUACACCAAACCACCACCGCUCCACCAUUGGAAAACCUGCCCCAUCAAAAUGGGACGACGCUCAGAAAUGGCUCUCCGGAGUUGGCCUCUCUCGCGGCGGCGGAGGAGAUAAGAACCUUAACCACCACAACUCGAGGAGCUGUAAACCGAGAAACUCCAACGCUGAUGAUCUCAGACUCAUAGCUUCUGCUUCGCAGAGAGAACGUGAAGGAGAAGAUCAGUACGUUGAAUACGAAGACGGCGAGGCUGCGGAGGCUGGAAGGCCGGAGGUGGAGACGAAGAACGUAGACUGUGGAGAACAAGGUGGUUCGGUUUGGAGGAAAGAGAGUAUUAAUCCAACGGCUGUGAUUCGAUCUGUUUGUGUGAGGGAUAUGGGGACUGAGAUGACUCCUAUAGGGAGUCAAGAGCCUUCUAGGACAGCUACUCCUGUUCGAGCCACAACUCCUGUCGGGAGAAGUCCUGUGACGUCACCAGUGAGAGCUCCUCACGGUAGAGAGGCUGUGACGGUGACGGAGACUAGAACCGUAAAGGCGGAAAGGAUGAAAGUGAGGGCGGAGGAGAAGUUGGCGAACAAGCUGGCGGCGACAAAGAGGAUAGCGGAGGAAAAGAGAGCUAAUGCGGAGGCGAAGCUGAACGAGAUGGCGGUGAGGACAUCGGAGAGAGCUGAUUAUAUAAGGAGAAGCGGUCGUUUGCCUUCUUCAUUCUCUUUUAAGUGUCCUUCUUUCUCUCUAUGUUGGUAGCCAUUGUUUUGUGUUUGCUUAUAUGUUUAUUGUAUUUAGAACGUAAUCGUGUAUGGAUUUAGUGACGCAAUAACUAACGGUAAAAAUUGACGGCUGGGAGGAAUUAAUGUAUAGAUAGCCUGACCAUGAACCUGAGACCAGUAAUGAAG